AUGACCGACCUGAUUCACGCGCGUCCUGUCAAAGAAGAGAGGCUCACUGCGGUUUUGGGCAGCAGCACCACUUCCUCCGUCAGUGUAGUAGUGAGAAAUAUGGCCGCCACUGCCUCCGAGGUGCUUUAUGGUCUUCGCAAUCAGUUCGCCGCGCCCAGUCGCGUGCAGGAUGUUGCCGACGGCUGCGUGCACGGCGAGUAG